GGGAAGACGAGAAACUGGCCGCGUCCUUGCUGGACGGGAAGUUCCCGCGGAGCACCUCCAUGACGGACACGGUCCGGGAAGGCCACGGGAUCCCCCCUCCCCCUCAGACCGGGAGGUUGUCAGCUUUAAAGCCAUUAAUCAGCAGCUCCUCCUCGACCUUCAUCCACCCCCUGACGGGAAAGCCCCUGGAUCCCAACUCGCCCCUGGCGCUGGCGCUGGCCGCAAGGGAACGGGCGCUGUCCACUCAAGUCCCAUCCCGGUCGCCCACCCCGAUCCACAGCCCCGACUCGGACAGAGCCGCGCCCCUGUUUGUGGACAUCCAAACCAAAGAACCGGACAGGGGGGACUUGGAGAGCUUGGUGUCCCCCGCCUACUCCCCCGGAGGGAAGGCGGUGAUGGCGGCCGAUGCCGGCGCUCUGACCCCCACCAAGAGCCCCUGGGGGACUCCAACCACCCUGAGGAAGGAGCCCGAGGUGCGAGCGGAGACGCCGGGCAAGGAGGAGAAGAAACCCGAGGACAAGAAGUCCAUGAUCAUCAGCAUCGUGGACACGUCGCAGCAGAAGACCGCCGGCCUCAUCAUGGUCCACGCCACCAGUAACGGUCAAGACGAGAUCGGCCUGGAGAUCAAAGAGGAGAGCCCGGCCGUGCCCGAGGUCUGUGCGGAGCCGGUCGAGUCCCCCAAGGCCGAGCCCCAGCCCAGCCCUGUGGGGAAGCCGCCGGCCAGCCCGGCCUCGGAGAAGGCGCUGGGCCAGGGCAGCUCGGAGGAGGAGGUGGAGCCCUACACGGUGACCCUCCCGCCGGCCCAGCUGUCCUCCAGCGACGAGGAGACCCGCGAGGAGCUGGCCAAGAUCGGGCUGGUGCCACCCCCGGAUGAAUUCGCCAACGGGGUGCUGGUGACCACCCCCGGCACCCCCGUGAGCCACCUGGCCGCGCCCGGCGCGCCGUCCCUGCCAGCGGCAGCAGUAGCACCUUCUCCCCCCGGCGCGACACCCUCAGGGAAGCCCUCGGACGCCCCCGCGGCCCCGGAGUCGGCGGCGGACUCGGGAGUGGAAGAGGUGGACACCAGGAGCUCCAGCGACCACCACCUGGAGACCACGAGCACCAUCUCCACGGUCUCCAGCAUGUCCACGCUGUCCUCGGAGAGCGGCGAGCCCACUGACACCUACACGUCCUUCGCCGACGGCCAAACUUUUCUACUCGAGAAGCCACCAGUGCCUCCAAAGCCCAAACUCAAGUCCCAGCUCAGCAAGGGGCCGGUUACUUUCAGGGACCCACUUUUGAAGCAGUCUUCGGACAGCGAGCUCAUCUCCCAGCACCACGCGGCCACGCUGGCGGCCACCAGCGCGGCCCGGCCACGCUACCUCUUUCAGAGAAGGUCCAAGCUAUGGGGCGACCCCAUGGAGAGCAGGCCCGGCCACGGGGCCGAAGAGGACAAACCAACUGUGAUCAGCGAGCUGAGCUCCCGCCUCCAGCAGCUCAACAAGGACACGCGCUCCUUGGGCGAGGAACCGGCCGGCUCCGCCCUGGAUCCCGGCAAGAAGUCGCCGGUGGUGGCCGCACGGUAAGAGCCGGGCAUGGCCGGGGUUGGGGACAGGGCGGGUGUGGCUUUGAGGGACAUUUUGGAGCUGCAGGAGCUCAGUAGAGGGGCCGGGAUAUGUGCGGGAGGUGUGGGCUGGGCGCCCAGCGCGUCGUGGUUGUGGCUGCGCUUCCCCCACUCCGCCUUUGCCGUGGCUCCGUGUCCUCCCCUGCCUGUGUGACAGGGCUGUGGUGACAAUGACAAUGCUGUGGUGACAAUGACAGUGCUGUGCUGACAAUGGCCAUGCUGAGGUGACAAUGACAAUGCUGUGGUGACAGUGCUGAAGUGACAGUGAUGAUGCUGUGGUGACAGUGGAGAUGCUGUGGUGACAAUGACAAUGUAGUGACAAUGAUGAUGUAGUGACAAUGACAAUGCGGUGGUGACAAUGGCAAUGCUGUGGUGGCAAUGCUGUGGUGACCGUGGGGAUGCUGAGGUGACAAUGACAAUGCUGUGAUGACAGUGCUGAAGUGACAGUGGCAAUGCUGUGGUGACAAUGGGGAUGCUGUGGUGACAGUGACAAUGCCGUGGUGACAAUGACGAUGUAGUGACGAUGACAAUGCCGUGGUGACAACGGGGACACUGUGGUGACAGUUACAAUGUGGUGACAGUGGCAAUGCUGUACUGACACUGGCAAUGCUGAGGUGACAAUGCAGUUGUAACAAUGGGGAGGGGGAUGCUGUGGUGACAGUGCUUUGGUGGCAGUGAUGAUGUGGUGGCAAUGACAAUGCUGUGGUGACAAUGGGGAUGCCAUGGUGACAAUGACGAUGCUGUGCUGACAAUGGGGAUGCUGAGGUGACAGUGGUGAUGCAGAGGUGACAAUGACAAUGCUGUGGUGACGAUGCUGUGGUGACGAUGACAAGGCUAUGGUGACAGUUACAAGGCUGUGGUGACAAUGACAAUGCCAUGGUGACGAUGACUAUGUGGUUCACAACAACAAUGCUGUGAUGGCAAUGCUGUGGUGACAAUGACAAUACUGUGGUGACAAUGAUGAUGUGGUGACAGUGGCAAUGCUGUGGUGACAAUGCAGUGAUGACAGUGAUCCUGUUGUGGUGACAAUGACAAUACUGUGAUGAAAACAAUGAUGCCGUGGUGAUGAUGACAAUGCUGUGGUGACAAUGGCAAGGCUGUGGUGACAAUGGCAAGGCUGUGGUGA